UGCCGCCCUCACACUGACCGUGCUAGAGAGUGCCACAAGUGAGGCAGCAGUGCCAGUAGGAAGGUGCCAGCGCUCAUUCCUCUCCCACCCAAUAUGAAGCUGUCUUGGGCACAUAUUGGCGUGGUCUUCACUCUCCUGGUGGUGGUGUUCGCUAGGCCAGACACGCCUGCUGGGUCCUCACGUCGCCACCAGCGUUUCCGCUACCACCGACACCGCCAGGAGCCUCCAUCAGAAGAGGUUUCAUCAGGAUAUGCAUAUCCUGCACCAGCGACGUCAUUCGAUCCUUCCGCCGGCAGUGUCCUUCAUCCUCCCGAGUCCUCUGAAUCGGAUGAGACUUCGGGAUACGCUUUCCCCAUCCCUCUAAAGUCUUUUGAUCCAACUGGAGGCAAUGACAUGACUCCGCCAGAAGCUCCUGGCGAGUCCUCUGCAGAAUCUGAAGAACCAUCAGGAUAUUCUUAUCCUGUUCCACAGAAAUCCUUCGACAUCCUCGGAUCAAGUGCGAUAACUCCUCCAAAACCUCCUGGCGAGGAUUCUGAAGAGGCGGAAGAACCAUCAGGAUAUUCUUAUCCUGUCCCACAGAAGUCCUUCGACAUCCUAGGAUCCACUGACUUUACUCCUCCAGAUACUCCUGAAGAAUCUGAAGAAGAAUCUGAAGAACCGUCAGGAUAUUCUUAUCCAGUUCCUGCGAAAUCAUUCGACAUCCUAGGAUCCACUGACUUUACUCCUCCAGAUACUCCUGAAGAAUCUGAAGAAGAAUCUGAAGAACCGUCAGGAUAUUCUUAUCCUGUCCCACAGAAAUCCUUCGAUAUCCUAGGAUCCACUGACUUCUCUCCUCCAGAUACUCCUGAAGAAUCGCCUGAUGAUUCGUCUGAUGAAUCUGAAGAACCAUCAGGAUAUUCUUACCCUGUCCCACAAAAAUCCUUCGACAUCCUAGGAUCCACUAACUUCUCUCCUCCAGAUACUCCUGAAGAAUCUGAAGAAGAAUCUGAAGAACCGUCAGGAUAUUCUUAUCCUGUCCCAGAGAAAUCCUUCGAUAUCCUAGGAUCCACUGACUUCUCUCCUCCAGAUACUCCUGAAGAAUCGCCUGAUGAUUCGUCUGAUGAAUCUGAAGAACCAUCAGGAUAUUCUUACCCAGUGCCACAGAAAUCCUUCGAUAUCCUAGGAUCAAGUGCGAUAACUCCACCGGAAGCUCCAAGUGAAGAUUCUGAAGACGCGGAGGAACCGUCAGGAUAUUCUUAUCCAGUUCCCGCCAAAUCCUUCGAUAUCCUAGGAUCAAGUGCGAUAACUCCUCCAGAACCUCCUGGCAAGAAUUCUGAAGAAUCUGAAGAACCGUCAGGAUAUUCUUAUCCUGUCCCACAGAAAUCCUUCGACAUUCUUGGAUCCACUGACUUCUCUCCUCCAGAUACUCCUGAAGAAUCUGAAGAAGAAUCUGAAGAACCGUCAGGAUAUUCUUAUCCAGUUCCAGCCAAAUCCUUCGAUAUCCUAGGAUCAAGUGCGAUAACUCCUCCUGAACCUCCUGGCGAGGAUUCUGAAGAGGCGGAGGAACCAUCAGGAUAUUCAUAUCCUGUCCCACAGAAGUCCUUCGACAUCCUAGGAUCCACUGACUUUACCCCUCCAGAUACUCCUGAAGAAUCUGAAGAAGAAUCUGAAGAACCGUCAGGAUAUUCUUAUCCAGUUCCUGCGAAAUCCUUCGACAUCCUAGGAUCCACUGACUUCUCUCCUCCAGAUACUCCAGAAGAAUCGUCUGAUGAUUCGUCUGAUGAAUCUGAAGAACCGUCAGGAUAUGCUUAUCCAGUGCCACAGAAAUCCUUCGAUAUCCUAGGAUCAAGUGCGAUAACUCCUCCAAAACCUUCUGACGAGGACUCUGAAGAGGCGGAGGAACCAUCAGGAUAUUCUUAUCCUGUCCCACAGAAAUCCUUCGACAUCCUAGGAUCCACUGACUUUACUCCUCCAGAUACUCCUGAGGAAUCGUCUGAUGAUUCGUCUGAUGAAUCUGAAGAACCAUCAGGAUAUUCUUACCCAGUGCCACAGAAGUCCUUUGACAUCCUAGGAUCUACGGACUUUACUCCUCCAGAUACUCCUGAAGAAUCUGAAGAAGAAUCUGAAGAACCGUCAGGAUAUUCUUAUCCAGUUCCUGCGAAAUCCUUCGACAUCCUAGGAUCCACUGACUUCUCUCCUCCAGAUGCUCCAGAAGACUCUGAAGAAGAAUCUGAAGAACCGUCAGGAUAUGCUUAUCCAGUGCCACAGAAAUCCUUCGAUAUCCUAGGAUCAAGUGCAAUAACUCCUCCAGAAGCUCCUGGCGAGGAUUCUGAAGAGGCGGAGGAACCAUCAGGAUAUUCUUAUCCUGUCCCACAGAAAUCCUUCGACAUCCUAGGAUCCACUGACUUUACUCCUCCAGAUACUCCUGAAGAAUCGUCUGAUGAUUCGUCUGAUGAAUCUGAAGAACCAUCAGGAUAUUCUUAUCCAGUGCCACAGAAGUCCUUUGACAUCCUAGGAUCUACGGACUUUACUCCUCCAGAUACUCCUGAAGAACCUUCUGAUGAUUCAUCUGAUGAAUCUGAAGAACCGUCAGGUUAUUCUUAUCCAGUUCCAGCUAAAUCCUUCGAUAUCCUAGGAUCAAGUGCGAUAACUCCUCCAAAACCUCCUGGCGAGGAUUCUGAUGAAUCUGAAGAACCAUCAGGAUAUUCUUAUCCUGUUCCACAGAAGUCCUUCGACAUCCUAGGAUCCACUGACUUUUCACCUCCGGAUGCCCCUGGAGAGUCCUCAGAAGAAUCUUCUGAACAAUCCUUUGACCCCACAGGUGGUAGUGAUUUAAAUCCGCCAAGUACCAGUGAUGACAUCUCCGAAGAGAUUUCUGGAUACUCUUAUCCAGUUCCGAAGAAAUCUUUCGAUGCCUUAGGAAGUGACGAUCUAUCUCCUCCUUCGAGACAGGUGCUCCCUCUUCCCUCGGUGCCAAGGACACCUGGUUCAACAUAUUUUCCUCCUCAGGUAUCGCAGGAGGCACCGAGUGUAAGCUACUUUCCUCCAAGUGUGUCGGUACAAGAAUCAAACGCAGGUUCUCAAGAAAUCACAGCCCGCACGCCAUUCAGUGUGUUUGUUUCUUCGAAGCCUAAGCCUGGCCUUAGGUACCAGGCUCCCGUGACACCAUUCAGGCCUCGCCCUACAUACCUACCUCCUGUGACAGCAAGACCUAGACCUCACCCUAUAUACCAACCUCCUGUGACAACAAGCCCUCCCCCUACAUACCAGGCUCCAGUGACAACACCUGGGCCUCGCCCUACAUACCUGCCCCCUGUGACAAGACCUAAACCUCACCCUAUAUACCAACCUCCCGUGACAGCAACACCGCUUCCUACAUACCAGGCUCCUGUGACAAGACCUAAACCUCGUCCAUUGUAUCAGGCUCCGUCCUUUUUCCAAAUAACUCAACCUGUGCCUGUUACCCUGAAGUCACGGCCACAAGCACCUCUGAGUCGGCCUUAUGUCUCUCAACAUCAGCACCAUCAAGAGGACUCGGAGGAGCAGACAAGGGAUUCAUUCACAUAUUCUGAUAGACCACAACAGACACAGAGGUCUGGUGGUGCUACUUACCGGGCGCCAGCGCGGCCGUUGACCAGGACGGCUGUGGGAGGAAGCUUCGAUCCCUUGUCUCACUUCAAGAUCACUACUCAUGACUUUAACGAUGCUUUCAACAGCCAAGUUUACCAUUCACUGCUGAAUGGGCCACUAGGGCAGAGAGAAAGAGCAGGACCCAGGCAGUCAUACAGUGCCCCCAGCAGGAGGACCCAGGAAACUGAAAACUCUGAAGAAUCCUCAGAAGGUAUCACUCGUCCCUUACAACUUUACAGAGCUCCUGUUACACAAAACAAAGAGACAGAGAACUCUGAAGAGGAAGAGAGGACUGAUACUCGCCCUAAUCAAUCUUAUUCUUUUCCUUCCAGAGGAAAUCAAGGGAUAGAGGAUUCUGAAGAGGAAGAGGAGAGGAAGGCCCGCCCCAGCCAGUUAUAUACCUUCCCUGCCCUGGGUGCCCAAGACGCAGACGAUUCAGAUGGGUCUGAAAUAGAGAACACUAGCCCAAGCAAUGUUUACAGAACACCCGCAAGACAAUUUCAAGGGACCAGAAACACUGAAGAAUCAAACGGAAGUAACUCUCGAUUCACAAACUUUUUUACAAUUUCCACUGGAACGAAUAAAGAGACAGAAGCCUCUGAGGAAUCUCAGGCCACUGGGUCUUUUCCUGGAUACUCGUACACUGCCCCUGCUAUAAAAUUCGAAGAAGGAGAGGACGAUGAUGAUGCAGAAGAACAAUCAGAAGAGGAAGAAGGAGACGAUGAAACAGAAGAGGACUCCGAAGAGGAAGAAGGAGGAGGAGAAGAUGAUGAAACGGAAGAGGACUCAGAAGAGGAAGAAAACGAUGACGACACCUCAGAUGAUUCAGAAAAUGAUGAAGAAAGUUCAGAGGAGUCAGAAACAAGUAAAUCUGAAUCGCACUUCUACAGAGCUCCAACCAGAGGAUUCCAAGAAGUAAGAAGAACUGGUCAGUCCAAGAUAAGUAAUUCUCAAGUUACUAACUUCUUUACAAUCCCCACUGCAACGAAUCAAAGAUCCAAAACUUCAAAGGAAUCUAGCACUAGUAGACCAUCUUCUGGUUAUU